GGCGAUCGGAGUUUAAUUUACUACAGGCAACUGCAGGAGUCCUCACGUGCGGACUAGAUGGGUUGGGAAGGCCUGAUGUUGGCAUAUUGCUCCCUCAGUCGCCUCCUACGUCAUCCCCUGAAAGAGUGAGUAGUCCUAUUCCACUCUGCCGGAUCCUCACAGCUUUAUGAGUGUCCUCCGGGCUCCAAGCGACCUCGUGACAGUAGGUCCCACCUGCGACGACUGCUCCGGCAGCUCGAAGUACCUCUCUCCCUCGAGCUGCCGGCGCUCGCGCUCGCGCUUCGUGUCGGUGGGCGGCGACCUGCGCGAGCGCAGCUGCGACUCGCUCAUCAUGUGCAUCGUCACCACCCUCAACCAGGGGCUGCGGAACGGCGGCGGCAUCGGGGACAUCCUGCGCGCCCCUGCUAGCUUCGAGCCUCUGUUCGUUGCGCGCGUGGUGUACGAUCUACUUUUCUUCUUCGUGGUGAUCAUCAUCGUGCUGAACCUGAUAUUCGGCGUCAUCAUCGACACCUUCGCCGAUCUUAGAAGCGAGAAACAGCAGAAGGAGCUGAUACUCAAGAACACCUGUUUUAUUUGUGGAUUGAACAGGUCAGCCUUUGACAACAAGACGGUCUCGUUCGAGGAACACAUAAAAAGCGAACACAACAUGUGGCACUAUCUUUACUUCAUGGUGCUGGUACGGGUCAAGGACCCCACCGAGUUCACCGGGCCCGAGAGCUAUGUGCACUCUAUGAUCAAGGUAAUGUAUACUUUAUUCUAUAAGACUUACGGUCUAAGAUCAUCCUAG